AUGAGUCGAUUGUAUGACACGGUGGAGCCGGCAGUUGUCGACGAAGACAUGCUGAAAAGAGCAGUGGAGGAGCAAGGACCUAAAGACGAAGCAGGAAAAAUUGCAAAGGCAGAAGGAAUUGAUUUUGGAGAUGUGUUAUCCUUAAGACUUGAUUUUUUAAAUAUCUUAAAAAUCGACAAUCUCUGGGAAUUUACAGCAUUAACAAAAUUACAGCUGGAUAACAAUAUCAUAGAGAAAAUAGAAGGUUUGGAUUGUCUGGUCAACUUGGUAUGGUUAGACUUGUCCUUCAACAAUAUUGAGGUGAUUGAGGGUCUCAAUGCACUCACUAAACUGGAGGAUUUAACACUGUACAACAACAGAAUUGCUACACUGGAAAACAUGGACACCCUACUAAAUCUCCAUGUCUUUUCCAUCGGAAACAACAUGCUGACUGAACUCAGCAAUUUGUUAUAUCUGAGAAGGUUUAAGGAAAUGAAAACCUUAAACCUGGCUGGAAAUCCUUUCUGUAAGCAGAACGGCUACAAGCAGUAUGUGAUUGCCUUCCUGUCUGGUAUUGACUUCCUUGAUUACCGCUUGGUGGACAAACAGUCAAGAGAAGAUGCCAUGGAAAAACACAUGAUUCAAAGAGAAGAAAUGUUACACAAUGAGAAACAGGCAGAAUUGAAACAGGAGGAGGAGAUCAGGAACAAGGAACAGCUGAAGCUCCACAAGGCAGCAUAUGUGGAGCUAAUGGAUGGACCACACUUGUUUGAGAUGAUGUAUAUGGAAGAUUCUGAGGGACAGAAGCUGAGCGAAAUGCCAGGAAUUGAAGAUCUCUUACAGACUUUUAAGGAUAAAUUUGUUGCCAUCUGCCAUCAAAUGUUUGAAUAUGGCUUGAAGGAACAUGAAAAGCGUGACUCUGAGGUGAAGCAAUUCUGGGAAUGUGUAGAGGAUGCUAAACAGGAGAACAAGAAUUUAGGAAUGCAGGCCAUCAACAAUUUCAUGGUUGUUAAAAAGAGAACAAUGCAAGAACUGAGUCAGAUCAGUGACCAGAAGGUGUUGGAGUCUGUUGUGGCAGAUUACAACAAACAAGUUUCAGAGUUGUGGGACAAACUCAUGGGGCUUGAGCUACAACUUGUUGACCAGUUGGAGGAUGUUAUCAAAGACUUCGAGCGGAGCAUGCAAGAUCUAGUGGCCUCAUUCCAGGAGAAUAUCCAGGCUUUCCUGGCACAGUGUCGGGACCUGGAGACAUUCCACCACGAGAAGAUGAUGGAGAUUGCAAUUGUCACACUGGAAAAGGUCCUCAAAAAUGAACUAGAUGAUGAGAUCAAUGAAGACUUAAGAAUGUUAUUUGUGGACAAGGACACAAUCAUGAAUGCUGUUUCCUCAUCACAUGAUGUUCACCUGCUUAAGAUAGACAACAAGGAAGAUGACAUGGUGACUAGAAUCAACCAAUGGCUAAAAACAACAAUUGACAAAAUUCAUGAAGAUGAAGAAAUUGCCAGAAAUCGUAUGAGAGUGACAGAAAUUAACAAUCUCAUUGAUCACUUACGGGACGAAAUUGACAAUUUGGAUGUGUUACAGGCUGGAAAUUACUGAUUCCUUGUUGGAAGUGUCUGUGAUAAAUUAUGAUUGUGACCUAUUCAGACUGGCCAUUUUAACGGGAGUGGUCGGUGCUUUAUCAAGCUUUCAUUCGAAAUGGACCACUGGGAUGAUGAUAGAGAACUGUGAUAUCAUUCUUAGAUGCAAAUUUGCAGUGCGAUUGCAGAAAAACUUAAAUACCUGUGAUACAUAUAGACCACAGUCGUCUGCAGAUUUGUAACAAUAUUUGUUUAAUAGAGUUAAACCUAUCUAAACUGAACCUUUAUCAAGGGCCUGGUACAGAUAACAUUUCCAAGUUAACUAGAGAUGGUCGAUUUCCAGGGUGUUUAUUCAGGACAUUAAGCUACAGUAUUUGAUCCCUGUGGUGGCUUAUCUAGAUGGGUUCUAUUGUAACAUAAUACUGUAUAAAGGCAUGACUUUUAUAAAUUGUAUAUAAACUAUUUCAUCAGCUGUACAGUCCCAUCAAUCAUUGUUGGAACUAGUGUAUUCCAUCAUAUAAAAACAUUUACAGAAAUAAAUGAU